AGUUUGUUUUGACGAGCGGCGAGGAAGAGAAACAUGUGGCCGCGGCGAGGCAAGGCGUGCGGGGGGCGGUGAAGACAGGGACGGGAAAGGAAAAGAAAGUGGAACGCAAAAGGGAAACAGUCCAGUUCAAGUUAAAUGCUGUAAAAGUUAACUGUCAUGUGUGUUGGGAGACCGACAGGACGUGAGUCUUGACACCGCCUUCACGAUCGUUGAACCUUGUGACGGAGUCUGUAAAGGCGACAAACAUGAGUGAAAAGCUGUCCGUGGACCUCCGCGUGAAGGCCCUGGUGGAGAGGAGCGUGCGGGCGCGGCACCGCGGCCUGCUGCUCCUGCUGGGGGGCAAGGCUAAGAAACAGGUGAUGAUCCUUCACCACCUGCUCAGCAAGGCAUCAGGGGAGAGACCCUCGGUCCUUUGGUGCCACAAGAGGGACUCAGACAUACCAAGACAUAGUCAGAAGCACCUGAAGAAACUGGAAAAGAACAUCCGUUCAGGGAAGUGUGAUGUAUCCAAGGAAAAUGCUUUUGAUCUCUUUCUCUUGUCAACACCCGUGAAAUACUGUGCUUUCCACGACACCCACCGGCUGCUGGGAACAACCUUUGGCAUGUGUGUUAUACAGGACUUUGAAGGGUUGACCCCAAACUGUUUGUGCCGUGUGGUGGAGACUGUAUCUGGCGGCGGCUUAGUAAUAUUCCUGGCACCUGAGCUGCAGUCUCUACGUCAGCUGUUUACUAUCACCAUGGAUGUCCACUCCAGGCUCAAGACCUACUCCCACUCCAAGGUGACUCCACUCUUCAAUGAGAGGUUUGUGCUUUCAUUGGGCUGGUGCAAGGCUUGUCUUGUAUUGAAUGAUGAGCUGCAAGUAAUGGGUGAACUGCCAACCCUCAGUGGACCUGAGGCCUCAGCAGGCUCUUUCUCUGUGCAUGCCUCAGAGGCCUCACAGACCAAGCUGGAGGAGCUGCAAGCCUCCCUGGAAGAUGCUGACAAGCCCUUGCCCCAGCUGGUGGGUUGCUGCAAGACAUUUGACCAGGCCCAGGCACUGCUCAAGAUGAUUGACCUCAUCACGGAGAGGAGCGUCCAGGGCACAGUGGCCAUCACAUCAGGCCGAGGGAGAGGCAAGUCAGCCUCUCUGGGUUUGGCAACAGCAGCAGCCAUCCACGUUGGCCUCAAUAACAUCUUCGUCACCAGUCCAAGUCCAGAGAAUCUCAGCACCUUCUUUGAAUUUGUCUUUAAAGGUUUUGAUGCCCUCGAAUAUGAGGAACAGAGUGACUAUGAGAUCAUUCAGUCCACCAAUGUAGAGUUCAGUGGUGCUGUGGUACGCAUCAACAUGUUCAGGGACCAUCGGCAGACCAUACAGUACAUAGAGCCAGGUGAUGCCAGCAAGCUGAGCCACGCUGAGCUGGUGGUGGUGGACGAGGCCGCAGCCAUCCCCCUGCCCCAGGUGAAGGCGCUCAUCAGCUCAUGCAAUGCCUUCAUGGCCUCCACUAUCAACGGCUAUGAGGGUACUGGACGUUCCCUCUCCCUCAAACUCCUGCAGCAGCUGCGGGUCCAGUCAGGGCAAGCAGGCUCUACCGUGGUGGCAUCCAGCAGUGCUGAAGCUGCAACUCCAUCUAGACGGCCACUGCAUGAGAUAACGCUGGAGGAGAGUGUGCGCUACAGCCCCAACGACCCCAUCGAGGCUUGGCUUCACCAGCUACUCUGCCUUGAUGCCACCUCAGCCCUGCCCCCCUCCACCACCUGCCCUCCACCCCAUACCUGUCAGCUUUAUUAUGUUAACAGGGAGGUGCUGUUCAGCGGGCACAGCGAAAGUGAAGCCUUCCUGCAGCAGAUGGUGGCGCUGCUGGUGGCCUCCCAUUACCGUAACUCUCCCGACGACCUGCAGGUUCUGUGUGAUGCACCGGCUCACCACCUGUUUGUGUUGCUGCCACCUCUUCCCAACAGCUCUUCAGCAACACUGCCCACCAUUCUGGCAGUCCUACAGGUGUGUAUGGAAGGGGAUAUCCCUCCAUCUGUCUCAAAAGCCAUCAAGAGUCGGGGUGAGCGCCCUUCAGGGGACUUGGUGCCUUGGCUGCUGUCUGCCCAGUUCCUCCAACCUGACCUAACCCAGAUGAAGGGAGUGAGAGUGGUCAGAGUAGCAACACAUCCCGACUAUCAGUCAAUGGGUUAUGGGUCAAGAGCCAUAAACCUCCUCAGUGACUACUACGGGGGUAAGCACCUCACCCUGGAUGACCCUCCUGCUGCCCUCACACCUGCCACACAGGAGUCCACCCAGAAUGAUGACACCAUCGUUCCAAAGCAGGGCAGUGAGCCGUUGCUGUCCACGCUGGGAGAGCGCUCACCCGAGGCAAUAGAUUACUUGGGUGUGUCGUACGGCAUCACACUACCGCUUCUUAAGUUCUGGUGCAGGGCAGGCUAUGUGCCCCUCUAUAUAAGCCAGGUGGCCAACAAAGUAACAGGAGAACACAGCUGUGUGAUGGUACGUGUGCUGCUUAAUACAGAGGAUACGGGUGACUCCAAUUCCACCUUGCCGUGGCUGGAGGCUGCCUCAACAGAAUUUUUGCGAAGAUUCCUUACUCUACUUGGGGGACCACUUAGCGACCUGCACCCCAUGCUUGCUCUCGGGGUGAUUGAGGCCCAUUCAAAGACUGUCCCAUGGAAUGCUAUAGAGUGGGAGGAACUGAAGACACUUGUGUCUGGACACGACUUGCUGCGCCUUGAAAAAUAUUCCAAGAACCUUGCUGAUCGCCACCUCAUAACAGACCUUCUGCCCCACAUUGCAUUCCUCUUCUUCUCCCACAGGUUCCAAAAUCUCCACCUGUCUCCAGUGCAAUCUGGUCUCUUGGUUGGUCUGGGGCUCCAGUUGAAGACUUUUGAGCAGGUCAGUCAACAGCUUGAUGUGCCCAUUGAGUCAGUGCUGGGCCAGUUCAACAGGGCCAUCCGCCGCAUGCUGAAAGCCAUGACAGCCCUUCAGGAAGCAGCCCUCACUAAGCACCUCCCCAAGAGCACCAAGAUGCUUGCAGACUUUGUGCCUGUCUCCAUAUCCCUUGAUGAGGACCUGGAGGAAGCUGCUGAGGACUACCAACAAAAAGAGAAAAAGAAAGAGAAGAUGUAUCCUAAUGCUCCUGAACUGCUUGGGGACAUAAGCAAGUUUGCCAUUCAAAACGAUGAUGCAGCAUGGGAAGCAGCCUUGAAGGGGGCCCCAAGUGGUGUUGUCAGUGUGAAAAGUAACAAACGUCCAGCAACCAUCACUGAGAAGGAGCUGGAAAUGGAACUAGAAAACCCAAAGAAGAAAAAAGGUAAAAAAGAGAAGGAGCUCAAGAAAAGAAAAAAAUAGUUGUUAGAGUAAUUUUUUAUAUAAUAUUUUUACAAGAGAAAAUAAUGAGGAUGUUAAUGUACAGUUGCUAACAAGUUAUUAAUAACAUUGAUAACUAUUGUCAUGACUAUGACUUUAAUUCUGGAUUUGUGUCUGAAAAUUUGUGUGAAUUUCAAGCCUAUUACUCAAUGAAAAAACAUUUUAUAUGGUGUUCUUGGAAAGUAUUGUAUUCACCCCCUUGCAGCUCAAUGAAAAUUGCAGGCUUGGGAAGGGAAAUAUCGAGAGAUGACUUAUAGAAAUUGUGAGCACAUCAGUGGUCAGUACUUUGUCAGCAGCUCUGCCAUUUUCCAAAAACGUAUGAAUAUACUUUUCUAAUUUUAUUUAUGUACUAAAUUUCAGAUAAAGUAAAGUUUUUAUUAACA